AUGGAGGACAACUCGACAUCUGGAGAUGCCGCUGGCUCGGUGGUGCAUGCCAAUGAGGAUGGCAAGCGUUCACUCUUCUACCAAGUCUAUACACACUGCUGGUUCCAGAUUAGUCUCAUCAGCUUUAUCUGUUUCUGUUGCCCUGGAAUGUACAAUGCACUUUCCGGUCUAGGAGGCUCUGGUCAAGUCAACCAGACGGUAGCAGCCAAUGCCACCGUCGCGCUCCUCGCUGCGACGGCAGCUACUGCGCUGUUCGUGGUAGGGCCAAUCUUCGACCGUGUUGGUCCCCGAGUAUGCCUGCUUCUGGGUGGAUGGACCUAUCCAUUAUACUCUGGCAGCUUGUUGUGUUUCAACGCCACCAAGAAUGGGGCUUUUGUGAUUGCAUCUGGCGCAAUUCUCGGUGUAGGUGCUUCAUUCCUAUGGGUUGCACAGGGAGCUAUCAUGACUACGUACGUCAAGGAAUCGCACAAGGGACGCGCCAUUGCCGCGUUCUGGAUCAUCUUCAAUCUUGGUGGUGGUGUAGGAUCCCUUGCAAGCUUCGGCCUCAAUUAUCACUCGAAGAGUGGCACCGUUUCGGACGGAACGUAUAUUGCUCUGUUGAUCAUCAUGGCAAUUGGAUGGCUGCUGGGCGUAUUCAUCUGUCCACCCUCCAGUGUGCGCGUCUCCCAGUUGCAAGCUACCCCAGAGUCUGAGAAGAACUGGCGGAAGACUGCACGCCAGGCACUGCACACUAUGACCGAUUGGCGUGUGCUGUGCAUGUUGCCGUUGUUCUUCUCGGCCAAUGUCUUCUAUUCGUAUCAGCAGAAUGUGGUCAAUGGCAUGACCUUUAAUAUCCGGACUCGCUCGCUCAAUGGUGCUCUCUACUGGAUUGCGCAGAUGCUGGGAGGUUUGGUUAUGGGACUCAUCCUCGACAUGCCGGGCUUUAACCGACCGAUGCGCGCUCGCAUUGGUUGGGUCUUCCUGUUUGUUACUGGCAUGACCAUUUGGGGUGGUGGAUAUGCCUUCCAGAAGUGGUCUGAUCGCCGGAUGGCCGUGGGUCUGAAGCAGGACAUUGAUUAUACUCAGGGCAGUGUCUCUGUCGGUCCGAUCUUCCUCUAUAUUUUCUACGGCGCGUAUGAUGCCUUCUGGCAAUCCUUCUGCUACUGGCUCAUGGGUGCUCGCUCCAACUCCCCGGCCGAGGCUGCCAUCACGGUUGGUGCGUAUAAAACGUUCCAGGCGACCGGUGGUGCCAUGGCCUGGCGCAUCAAUGCCUUGAAGAAGCCCGCCAUGACGCAGUUUGCCAUGGAUUGGGGUCUUUGCAUGGGCUCACUCAUCAUUGCCAUUCCGACAGUCCUUGCCGUGACUCUCACGAGUGACCUUAAUCCAGAGGCCGUCGCAGAUAGUGAUGCCGCCAAGUUGGAAGAGAAACCUCAAGUGGAAGUUAAGGCGUGA